UCUGAAUCGGAACAUUUUCUAAAAGAAAUUGCUGAUUUAUUUCAUGAAACUAUAAACUGUUUCAGGGAAGCAGAAAACAGUUUGCACCACAUUAGUUGUAAAACUGAUGCACUUAUCUCAGAAACUGGCUGCAGUGCAGAACAUGCCCAGUCUUCAUAUUUUACAACCUGCUCCUUUCCACAGAGUAAUGACCCCCUUCAGAAAGACGAUUCUGCAGAAAAUUGUAUAUUACCGAACUGUCAUCUUGUGCCUCAACAGCAAUCAACAUUUCUUUCUGAUGAGGACCAAACCUUAUUAUGUAAUAUGGCUACUAAUAAAAACAUAAUUAAACUGAAAGAACAAACUGCAGCACUAUGUGUUUCUGUACCAAAUGAUAAGGGAGAGAACAGAAUAUUUACAAGUCAAGUACAAACUGUGAAUGCGCCUCAGGCUGAAGAAAAUGCUGAAAACCCAAGAAGUAAAGAAAGCGAUAAUUUAAGUAACAUUACACAUAACAAUGCAGAAAGUACUAGUAACCCAAAUGGAAUAAACAGAAACGGAAAUAAUUUGUUUACGCAGGAAAAAAUAAAUGGAAUACUGGAAAACAACACAUAUGAAAAGCAAAACAGCCAGACAGAUGAAUAUGAAAACCCUAAACAGUGGUUCACAAAUGAGCUUCUUGCAGAAGUGGAUGAUCAGAGUGAGCCAACAAUAGCAGGUUAUAUCGUGGCACCCUCCAUUGUAGUACAGAGACUGGAAUGCAAAAUAAUCAGCUCUAUGAGCCCACUAAUUGUAUCAGAUGCUGAAGAAUUAGUCAGUAACAUUAUAAGUAUCAAGUGUGCAGACACAAGGAUUAAGGUCCCAUUUCCUGUUACCAUUUCCAUUCCAUUCUGUACCCGGUACAGGGGCAGCUAUCGUGAUAUCAUUGUGAAAGUGAUGGAUGACAAGCUGCAAACAUGUUACCUAAAUCCAAUUUCUUUGGAGGGCAUCUAUGGGGGCCAGAAGGGGUCAUUUGCAGAGGUCAGAGUCUACAAACUUGGAGUUUUCGCAGUUGUUUCAUGUUUACGCAAAGAAAUUUUUACUAUUCCCAAGAAAGGAAUUCUUAUAAAGCUGAAUGUGGAUUCAAGAAUUUCUUUUAAUUACCAACCAGGGUCGUUUAAUUCACCUGUGAUUGUGCAAACAAAGGUUCAGCCCAUUGAUACAUUGCUGUUCUCCAUUAUAAAGUCAAGACAAGAAGUAUUCCAUGCUAUAGUUUCAACAAGUCCUCUUGUUUAUAUACUGCACCCUUCAACACAGCCAUUCAAGAAGCCUAUCACUGUUACAGUACCCUGUCCUCCAAACCCAGACAAGAGAAAACAACGGGAUGAGUUGGAUCAUUCUAGGCCAGCUACUGCAGCAGUACCUAAUGUCACAAGCACACAACAAAUCCGUGUGUCAAGUGCCUCUGUAAGAAAACAUGGAGAUACAGCCAAAGAAACCUUAAAGCUGCUGGGUUACAAAGCCAAAGAAGAACUAUGGACUGUCAUGGAGGCUAAUGUUCGGAAUUUGCAGAAUGGACUAAUCACAUUUGAUAUAAGUGAACAUUUAGAAAGAUUAAUUGUCUUCCGGCUCUCAAUCUCCAUUGAUGCAUCCCACUUGAUUCAGUUUGUUGAAGAACUCGAAAAAGGAACAUAUAAUACGAUGGUAAAAGUUAUAAUAUAUCGUAAAAAAGAUGAAAUAAAUAGUGCUGUAUUACUUGUGGUACCUUCUAAGGACCUAAACUUUGAACUGGCCAACUUGCGAGAGGAAGGAUACAUUGGGCCACCAGAGCCAUCUGAAAGCAUAUCAGUCCAAGAAGGAGAUCAACUUAUUCUUCACUUCAGUGGCAACAUCUCAGCUUAUGAUAGUGGCCAUGAAGCUCUCCAAGGAAAACGGUUUACAUUCCACUUGCAAAGAAAACUCCGACUGGUGUUGUAUCUCCGAGUAAAUGAUGAGUUUGGUAACUACAGCUCUCCUCACUACAAGGGAACUGCAUUGCUGUACAAACUGUCCAGGAACACUGCAGCCAAGUUCUGGGACAAAUCCAUCUAUCCUAAUGACUAUCAGCAAAAUACCCCUGUUUGCAAACUGGCACUCACGUUGCCAAAGAGAGAAAGAAUUGUUAACCGCCCAUCAAGUGCAAAAAGCAUUUCAUCUGACUCAACAGAUCCACUUUCAGAGACCGUACUGUACUGGUUGUCAGAGGAAUUGUCUGAAGAAGAUGCUGCUCUACUUGUUAUCUCAUUGCGAAUUCGAAGAAGUGCCAUACAGAUCGUUAAAUUAAAAAUUCCUGAUAAUCUCACAGAACAGAUUUUUGAGCUUCUACUAAUAUGGAGAAAGAGUCUUCCAGCAUCUGCUAACAAAACUCGUUUAUUGUCCCACCAUCUUUGUAAAUGUGGUAGAGAUGACCUUGCUGAAGAGUUAAAAUCAAAGUCGGAGAAUAUUUAGAUGACCCAGAAACCGUGCAUAUUUAAAAGCAGCAGAAAGAUGAAUGUACCUGAUACACUGGAAUUUUAGAAAUGCUGAAAAACGUAGAGACAAAAAAGUUAAACAGUCACAUGAGCCUUUUGAAGAAUCAGCAUAACAUGUGCUAUUUACGCUGUUACUUUUGUCACCUGCUUUCUUCUUCCUUGAGAUUAUUGCAUGAAAAUAUGAAUUUCUUAGCCAAAUAUCAUUUAGUAUGAGGCUUUUUUUUAAAUGAUGCCACAAUAUUGUAAAAAGCAGUUAUUGCAAAGCAAAGCAUGUGUAAUGACAGUUUAGGAUCAGCACUCAUAGUUAUUACAGGUUUAGAGUUCUUAGAUUGGGGGGCAGCACUGGUGCAUAUGUACUUCAUACUUUGGAUUAAAUAUAGAUGUGACCUUUCAGUCUUGGGGAAAAUGCACAAAAAUCUUCCAUCCAAAAUUUAAGCAUGUUAGCUACAUAAACAACAUUCCCGCAAAAAAUAAAGCAUGUCUGAUUAAUGAGAUAUAAAACUUCUGACUAUGAUCCAGAUGAUCGAGGUUCCACUAGAGGUUCUAGCAAUGGCGGAGACAAUUUUUAGUGUGAGAGGAGUGAAGGGAUCUUAUCUGUACACCUUUCCUUUGGGGAGGGAAGGCAUGCAUGUCCUAGGAUAUACAUGCUGAAUGAAUUCUAUGGUGAAGAUCAGAUAGCCUAGGAAUGCAUCUACUUUGAUUUAUUUAUUCAUUUUAUUUUCAUUUUUAUUUUAUUUUUAUUAUGCUUUGGAUAACUGGGUAAGAGCUGUGGUCUGAGAACCAUUUUUAAUCAUGACCCAUGCUGAAAAAAAUCCAGUUUCAAGGUGGAUGAAUGUGCAUAAUAAAUUCAUUUUGAAAUUUGCUAUGCUUGCUUUUUGUGAUGAUCUUGUAUAUCACACUGAGGACUUAUGUGGCCUCUGAAGUUGGUUAUUAGUCUAUUAUUCAAGAUUGUUUGUGUCCCUGUAGGACAAUACUGGAGAAAAAACAAUGAAUAUGCCAGACAUCAGCAAGUUUGGGUCGAUGAAGAAUUAUGCAUACUGACCUUAAAAAUCUGUUUCUGUUAAUAAAAAAGAAUAACUUUUUUUCAACUCACUGGUCUUUACAAAAUGCCUGACCACAUUAUUUGCUUAACAGCACAUUUAGGUAUUACCAUCGUAUAGCGUUAUAGGUAAAUUAUAGGCACAUACUCUGCAGUCUAUUUGAAGCACAGCUGAUAACCCAUAUUCAAAUUUUUCCAACAGCAUCAAGCAGGGUAUAUCAAGAUAGACCAGGGAAGUAAAUAAAGAAUUUUGAAAAAAAAAAAUAAAGAUAGACCAGGUAAGAAUUUGACAGUGCACAUCCAAUUAUCUAAGUUUAUCUUAAAGGUAGCAUAGAUGUGCCACUGACAUACAGUGGAAGUUUGUUUCAAAAGUGGGAGUUACAUUGGAAAUGUGAAUCUAUCACACCAGCAUGUCCAUUUUUUUCUGUUGCUGAUGGCUUAGUUCUUUUAACAGGUAGUUGUGAAACCAGUUGUUCUGUGAAGAAAUAGGAGAUCAAAAAGGCUCAUAUCUUUCAUGGCUUGAAAGGCUAGAGACAAAUCCCUAGGAAAGCAUCUCUAUAUGGGUUAUAGGCUAGGUGUGUAAU